GAUACUUGGCGAGUUUGUUCGUAAGCAAAGGAGAUGGCUGGAUGUUUUGUUUAUAUAGUAUACUUGUCAGCGGUUACACUCGUAUUACCAUGGGUAUCCGUGCAGUCCACACCUUCUACUAGCCCUGCCACUGCCGCCAGUAUACAUGCCACGACUAUCACCGACAUUCCACCCACCGUUUCAAGUGAAGAACUAGGCCAAUCCCAUCUCACAACGCUUCAGCAACAGAGUACUACUGGAGCAGUUGUUUCUGGCAAAGCGGUUACAAUAUCUUCACAGAGUAAAACACCUAUAGUAGUCAGCAAUUCUUCACCAACAUUAAAUGCAAGCACAGCAGCUAAAACAACAAUUAAUAGAACAACUAUUCUACCGACUACCCGUAAACCUAUCAACCAUACAAGGGAAGUUUGUUACGACACCAUCGGCUGCUUCAACAAUCGCCCACCGUAUAUCUCCAGUCUACCUUGGUCACCACAAAAGAUAGACGUCCAUUUUCUAUUAUACACCCGCGAAUGGCCAUCGGGAAACGAGACGGUCCGGAUUGUGUACAAUGACACCGAGUCACUACGGAACUCCAACUUCAGUACGACUAGACCUACCAAGUUUGUAGUGCACGGCUUUCUCAACGAUAUGAAGUCACCAUGGCCCUACGUUAUGAAAGACGAGCUAUUGAAAAAGGCUGACGUCAAUGUGAUCCUGGUUUUCUGGGGCAAAGGCGCCAACGUUGGUAUUACCAUGUACGACCAGGCCGCAACGAACACACGGGUUGUGGCAGCUGAAAUUAAGGUGCUCGUCCUUAAAAUGGUGUCACUGGGCUCGGAUGUUAGCCAGGUGCACUUGAUUGGGCAUAGUCUCGGGGCGCACACUUCCGGGUACGUUGGGAGCCGGUUGAAGUCUGACGACAAUUUGGUGCUAGGAAGAAUUACUGGGCUGGAUCCCGCAGAGCCUGACUUCGAGAAACAACCAAUGCUUGUUAGACUCGACAAGAAUGACGCUACCUACGUUGAUGUCAUCCACACAAAUGGCGCUCCAAUGCUUGGCGGAGGUGGAUUCGGCCUGAUGAUCCAGUGUGGUGACGUUGAUUUCUACGUUAACGGCGGAGAGUUGCAACCAGAUUGUCCAAAUCAAAUAACGGGAAUAUUCACCUCAGGCAUGGCCGCGGGUGACGUUGUGGCGUGCAGUCACAGUCGUGCACAUGACAUUUUUACGGAGACUAUCAACGCACAGAUGUGCCAGUUUGUUGGAUACCCCUGUGCCUCAUAUGAUAGGUUCCAGCGAGGAGAAUGUCUAGAAUGUGGUGAAGACGGAUGCGCUGUGAUGGGCUAUGCUUCCGACAUGUACACCGUUCCCAGAGGCAAAAAGUUCCUUAACACACGUCGAUCGACACCGUUCUGUGGUCACCAAUACAAAGUGUUGGUAGGUGUGUCUCAUUCGGGGAAAACUACCAAGGGAAAGCUCGAAAUUCAGCUUGCAGGCACAUGGGCCACCAGCGAGUGGUUCCCUGCAACUGCAGCUGGUAAAGAUGAUGAACAACUGAAGAUAGGUGCGACAGUCUCACACUUGGCAGUGGCGAAAGAGAUUGUAGGAAGGAUUAUGUCCAUAAGUGUCCGGUACACCAAAUACAAAGGCACCUUUUUUGGAUUGUUUGGGGGAGGCCAGAAUACCAUCCAGUUGCAAAAAGUCAUGACUGAGUCGGGUGACAACGGUGAAGUGACCGUGUUUUGUUUGUCGGACGUCGCCUUGCAGACAGGUGUUCCAAAGUCGUUCCCUGCUCACAGUGGAAUGACAUGUUCUUGAUUUCUGUUUCCAACUUUUCAGAAAAAA